AAUCAUGCCCGGGCAGCAAGUUCGCGGGAAAAUCCUACACACACACACGUAGGCGGACAGCGGACAUCUCUCUCAUCAACUCGUGUGCCAGUUUUUAAGAAUGUCCUAGGAUUCUACCAAACCAUUGAGGAAAGUUUUUCAUCAUCAGCCUUUCUUGCGACCUAGCCACGGAGCCAUGAUGGUCACAGCAUCUUGCAAUGAUGACCAGGAUGCUUUCCGUACCAACAAGGCACCCAUUCUCAGCCCCCUCCUUAGUACAUUAGAGGGGAAGGGGGGACCAUUGAAGGAGAAAGUGGGUGCCUACCUCACCCUGUCAGAACGUCUAAAAAGUGACAAAGAUGCCACAGUGUCCCGUGAGGUCUGCCAGCACACAGCACAGUUGACUUGCAUCGUUAGCGUUGACAUCAUGAAUGAUGAUAACGAGCUUACCCAGGCUGCAUUGCAAGCUCUUGGAUUCUGUCUUCAUCUCCCAGACAUAUCCAGAGCUUUCACCCCAGAAGAUGCCAGCACCAUUAUGAAGGCGCUUUGCAAUUCUUUGCUGAAAACCAAAGACAAGAGCACAUGCACUCGUGCCCUCUGGUGCCUGUCCAAGCAGAACUUCCCACAACAGAUCAUCCGAAGUGAGAUUUACUCGAUACUGUGUGCGUUGGAGCAUUCUUUGGUGCAGGGUGAAUUCCAGUCAAUGACUGUCGAGUAUGAGGCAGCUAAUGUUAUUAUAAGACUUCUAGAGGGACUCCCAGAUGAGAUUCCGACCCACGCAGCUCGUUGGGGUAAACUCCUCUUCCCUCUGGUCGUCCACUCUGCCCACAAGAUCCGUGAGCGUGCGGCCUACGCGAUGGAGCUCGGUCUACCAGCGUUGAUGAAGCACCAGGCAGAGAUCCUGCCCGGGUUGGUGGUAGACCUGAAGACGAACCUGGUGCCGGAGAUGCUGAAGCUGUUUGGGAAUAAAUGCGAGAUUCACGUCUUGAAGAUGUGGAGAAUCUUUGUGACUCUCCUUGGAAAGACACUGCAUAAGGGAGGAGGUUUGAUCAACUGUCUUCUCGGAGUAGUAGAGCAAGGGUUCAAAAGUGUCUCGUCUGACAUCAAGAAAGCCUCCUUUGAUUCUUGGAAGGUCCUCAUUGACAACUUCGCCAUCGAAACAGAUGUCCUAUACAAUGCAAAGAGAUUGAAACUCAUAUUGCAACCCCUGAGAGCGACCCACACUAAGCAAGAGGUUGUAGCCCAGGCUAAGCUGGACACAUGGUGGUAUCUGGUUUCCAGGCUAGGACCCAAAGCCGCUAUGAACUUUGACCAGGUUUGCGCUCCUCUUAUACAGUUUGCGCUUGCCCUCAAUACCAGCAUAAGUGGAGCAAAAUGUCCAAGCACCCCUCUGGUUUCAAAUGGUGCAGGCCUAAGACAAGGUUUUACUACACCACUUCACAGAGCAGGACCGCUGUUUUCUAUUGCCAGCCCGAAAACCCCACGUCUUAGCCUACCACCCGGUACACCUGGCAGCGCAACGCCCCCAGUGUUCAAGUCGGUCCAACUUCAGGGGGUGGAGAUGCUGGCACGUAUUCUGGGCAUGCCCAGUGAGGCUGUCGGCACGGCGCCAAAUUACAACUUCACAAUAAAUUCACUGAGCCAUCCAGUGAUCACGUCAUCCACAACUUUUAUCAAAUUGUCCACCACGUUAAUCCCAUUGGUGGGAGAUGUCGUAUGUAAUCUGGGCGACCAACUCGAAGAGGGCCUGCUUUUCCAGCUUUGGUACUCCCUCGUGAUACAUGUCAGCGACAUGGUCACCACGGCAACCAAGAAGGAUAGUGUAGAGGUGCUGACACAGUUCCUGUCGAGCCUGCAAUGCAUUGUGGGAUCAAGUGCUCUGCCUCCGCAAACGUUACUGAAAUUUCUGGAGGCCGUCAGCAAUCUGCCAAAGAAUGUAUUAGGUUCGUCGUCGUAUCACACUGGAAAUGCUGGACUGCUCCACGGAACACCAGCGUUAUUUCUCAUCGAACUGCUGCUUAGUCCAGGCAUGUUAGUCAGAGCGACUGACGAAAGGUUUUUCUGCGUGCUUGAGACAUUAAUCGACUGUGGAUUGACCGUGCCGGGAACCGUUCUUGGGUUUGCGGGCUCCGUCUUUAAUCUCGUCGACAAGGCGGCGUCUGACCUCGGCAAUAAAGAGCUGCUCUGGAGAAUCUGGAGUUGUAUUGUGUAUCCACUACUCGGCCAUAUUAUUGAGACCAAUGAAGUGAACCAGGGUGAUUCGUUGGACCAUGACUUCAGCACGAUGUAUGCCAGUCUUAUGCUCCCAAUUCAACGCCUGUUACUCAGUGAAACUGGUACCCUGCCACAGAUGACGACCAAAACGCUUCUGAAAACCUGGGCGGAAUUAUACCAGGCCUUUGCCCGCUGUGCCGCAGUGGUAACCACUGCUGACUCAAACCUUGGUUGUGAAGAGCUUUGCACAAAGAUUGUAUCAUGUUUAGAAAGUACACCACUGAACUCGCCGUUGUGUGUUGACUGUCUCGCUCAACUCCUUCAAGUAAUCUUCAACAACUUUGACUUCUCUUCUUUUACUGGCAACACGACCUUCCCAAACGCCCACACCCCUGGAGGUGGCCGUGGACGGGUUCGACCCCUUGGUAACCUUACGGCAAUAAUCAAGCUGGUUGCCAAGGUAACUGAAGAGAACCAGCGCCAGCUGAAGGCGGAGCUAUCAAAGUUCGCUGGACUUUUACAACAGUCCUCCACGUCCCAGGAGUCCUUCACAACAGUUGGCACAAUGGCAAGCAUUUUCAGCACACUCUUCACCAAUGUAUCCCAGCCCUCCAUCAUGGCCGUUCUGCUGGACAAACUCGCUACGCAUAUCUCUGGUUUCUACAACAGCACAGGACCUCUAAAAUCAACUUCCUACCCGACGUCGACGUGGCAGAAGUUAGAAAAGCUUUGGAUUGACCUCUUGACCUCAAUCCAGACUCGUUACAAUGGGCUUUACGACUCUGCGUUUCUCACCGUCGUUUCCUCCCUGCUAGAGGUUGGCUUGAUGCAUUCAAAGCGUGCCGUUAAGAACCACACUCUGGUGUUCUGGAACGCUACCUUUGCAACCACAGACACGCUGGACUACCCUGAGAGCUUGAAGGUGUGUUUGGCCAAACUGAAGGAGAAAACUCCGCUGGUCCUUCCAGGCUGGACAGACACGCAGUUUCAGAUGGUCGACGAGACGCCAGUCAGUCAAAUCCCAGAGAGCGAUCAAUCCCAGAGUCUCAUUCCUCCGCCCGUCGCCCAGACAGUCCCAAACUUUGGCGCCCCCUCCCCACAGAAGUUGCAUGGUAGCUUCUUGAGGCGCACCGCUCAAGCCGAACGUCUCGUCGAGUCAUCCUCCCCCAAGAAACACCCUUCCCCUUUUGGGAAGAUUACCAGAAGGGGUACCUCGCCUGGGAAGGGUGCCCUGAGGAACGUGGCAUCUCCCUUUGGGGCUUUAGGGAAGCGGGAUGCAUCUCCGGGAGCAAGUGGAGGUGCUGUGAGGAGGAAGUUACAUGUUGAUGAGGAGAGUAUGGGGGAGUUUGUUUUCAUUGCUCCAUCUCCCAAGAAGACCCAAGUCUUGACCGAUCAUCAGAAGGAGAUGUUAAGGACUCGACGAGUCAUCCCGGCCCUCUACAACGACCUGGAGCAGUCUCAAGACACCCAGAUGUUCUCUGAGACAUUGAGUCAGAACGAGGCAACUCAGGAAUCUCCCUUUGUAGGCCAGACUGAAACCUCAACUGGGGCCAGUCCUUCAUUACUUAAGGUUAAAAAUCAGCAAGCAACCACCACCAAGGAAGCUCCAGGGAACCAGGAAAGUGUUGAUGAAGUCUCUGAGACUCACAAAGACACACCAAACUUGACAGAUAGCAAUGAAGAAUGUGGCACUGACGAGGCUCGACAAUCUAAAACGGUGACGGAGAAGGAAGUUAACGGGGACGCUGAAAUUAGCAACGCUCCUGAGCCCUCUACGAUAAGUUUCGCCAACUUCUUGAGCAAACUCAAAGAGAAAUCUCAGGAGUCGGCACCUGUGCUGACAGAUACACCUGUUGCAACGAACAACGCAAAGGAAGAAAGCACAGCUGUGGAAGCCAAGAGCUUCACAGUGUGUACAAAGGAAAGUCUCACUACUGAAGCGGCUGAGAGUGGGUCUCCUCGUGAAAAUCAGGAGGUUUUCCUUUCAGCAGGUUUGGAUAAUGUGGAAAAUUCUGUUGAAGAGAUGGAAAUAGAUUCCUGUGAAAUGGUUGAAGGUUUGCCAACGAAGUCUGAGUCAGAUGCAGGUGUUAUUGGAGAAAGAGAAGAGAUGGAAGUCCAUUAUAGUCCAAAGGAGGAACAGCAACAAGUCCUGGCAAAAGACUCAACAGAUGAUGAGGAAGUACAGACGAAGAGGCUCGACACCAUCGAUAAAUCAGAAGAUGAUGAUUGCAUCAUCCCUGAGACCCAGCAAUCGCAAGAUGCAAGUGACAAAGUAGAUGACAAUGUUUUCAUCUCUCCCACAAAGCCUAUAAGCGGUUCAGAGCCGUCGGAGAUGAAAUUAAGCCUGACACCAAUAGUCAAACUCCAAAAGUUGAAUGACGCUGAUCUUUUGCGUCUGAGCCCAGACCCAUCCAAGUGCACAUUCUCCAAGCUUGAUAUUAACAGUAGUCCAAAGAUCUUUACAAGUAGUGAGGAAGAGCCAACUCCAAAGCGCUUUAUUUCUCGAUUACAUCGGCUCCAAACUGAUGAGUCUCCAAGAAGUACUAAGAGCUUGAAAAGAGCCUCUACCUCAAAAGCUAAGAAGGUUCAACAAGGAAGGAGGAAGAAGGGUGUCAACAAAAGUCUGCAAAGCUCUCAGGCUGAUUUGGCUGAGCUAGCGGAGAGAUUUGAGUUGGAUGGAAUCCAGCCACUUGAUGAUGAGACUGACAUGGACCAGUCAAUGGAUACGAUGACCAAUGAGAGCCAAUCAAAUGAAGCAUCAAGCAAUGAUAGCCAAAAACCUCAGGAAGAUGAACAUAAUAAAACAAGACCGAAAGGUCAACGAAAGGUCAGAGGAAAGAGAAAAAUUCAUGUGGGCGUUAUAGAAAAGAAGCCAGUUUCCCAAAUAUCGGAUGAUGUUGAUAACAUUUGCAGUGAAGACUGCUACAAUGCUGAUGAGUCUACGCUGGAUGACACUGUCAACAGAAAAGAUUCUCAGGAGUCGUUCAUUCCUACAAGAGCUCCUACAGUACUUAAGAAGCGUGGUCGCCCAAAGAAAGACAAGACAGUCCAUCUACCUUCUGCUGAGAAAGCUUCAAAUUCUCAGUCCAAGGCUGCUAUAGAGAAGACGGUUGAUGACAGUGAAAGGAAGGAAAGUCAACAAGAGUCCGACUUGGAAGAAAAAUCUUCAGCGGGGGCAUCCAGCCCACAGAAAAAGCAGCAAGAAUCCACAGCUUCAGAGCCUAAAGAUUCUUUUCCCUGCAUAGAGCCUGUCGAAGAGCAGGAAAGUCUUAAGAAAGCAUCUCCUAAUGAGAGCUCUGAUGAGAAGCAAGAAGAAUCCUCUAAAUCUCAAGAUGACGACAAAAACCUGAACAGUUGUGAUGACCUCUUUGAAAGCCCCGGCUUAACCAAAGACCUCCCUGAAGAACAAAGGGCCAAGAAUUCACAAAGUGAGUCAAAGAGCAAGGAUGAAUCAGUCAAAAGGAGUGUACGCCUCAGCCAAAAAAGAAUAAGUUCAGGGAAACGGAAGCAUCCAUGUGUAGAUUGCGAGGAUGACAGUGCUGAUGAUGAUGAGGAUAACAUUCCAUUAGCACAGAUCAAGCAUUGCUAUUUAGACAUCGACAGCCAGACGUCCGACUCGGAAGUGGAUUUCCCAAAGAAAGAUCUUGAAGCCAGUCAGGUGGAGGAGAGUUCAAAGGCCGUUGGGAAUGAAGAUUGUGAGAGCAAGGACCUUGAGAAAUCAGAACCAUUGACAAAUUUAAAAACUAAAAGGAGGGGGAAGAAACGCAGUGCGGUUUCUCAGAAGUUGAGUCCCAAGACAAGUCCAAAUACAGCUUUUGCCAAGAAGGCACUAAAGCGGGCUAGAAGGUCCCCAUCGCAUCGCAACAAGUUUUCUCCUGGGAAUCCAGUUAUUAGGAGUGCUUCUAAGGUAUCACCCAUGGCAACUAGGCUACGGGCAAGCAAGAGUCUCAGCGCCAGUGUGCCCAGCAAACCCAGCAGGAAACCAAGAAGGUCUUCAAAAGGAGAAUCGGAAACGAUUAUUGGGAAGCCAGCCAAGAAGUCUAAAUUUCAGGAGAAGUUGGACAUGGCUGGACUUGAGGAAGUUCUAGAUGAUGCCCUACCAGAAAAAAUCAAUAAUCUACUAGAGAAUUUAUCCCCUGUUGCAAGUCUGUCCAUGAGCUUGCCUCUUCCAGAAAGUAGAGGUGAGCUGUUGUCAUCAAGUCCUGUCAAAUUACAAAAGGAAGUAACUCCCAUAAAAGAUGAAGCAACUUCCGAGGUCGAACAGAAAAGUGAAAUCCCACCUUCUGCCACCGAAAAGGAGAUCAACACAGAUCAGGCAUCACUAGUUGAAGAUUACAUUUUAGACGCAGAAAAUGAAGAGAUUUUAAGCAGCAGCUUAUUGGGUUCUGAAACUGUCGAAGAGCCAACAAAAAAUGGUAUGGAGUGUCCUUUGGAUUCCUCCUCCUGCUAUUCACCUCCACGUCUGGUACCCGAGACGAUGGAUGUCAAGACGACCGAUUCCUUAGAACCUCUUAAAGAGUUGUCCUUGCCGGUAAGCAUGCCUUCGCUACUUGAGUCUCCAGUUAUCUCUGUGAAGUUUGCACCUUGUAGUCACAGCUCACCAAAUGCGCACCGAGCAGCAAAGCCGCUUUUGACCAACCAGGAUUCACCAUCGGGGUCCAUACCUUCCAUGUAUUCUCCUUCUGGGUCGCCGAGCAGUGGGAUUCUAAAGAGGAGGGACGCUUCGUCUCCGUCUCCAAGCAAUAAGUCUCGACGAGUGAGUUUUGCCGAGCCGAUCUCGGAGCACUCUCCAGUGAAGCAAUUUGCCAUGGAGAUGAUUGCCACGGAAACGGACCAAUCCAGUAAGCUCCAACGGGUGACGCAUCCGCCUUCUCCCCUUGUUACGACCACGCCCUCAAAGGUGGUUACUGUACAUUCUAAGUUCAUCACAACUCCAUCAAGACGUUCAUCCAGCAGUGGUUCGAGUUCCUCCAAGAGUCGAGUCAGUCCGAGUGGCCGACGCAUCAGCCCCGGGUCAGUACGUAGGAGGACCUCGAGGACAUUUAUCACUCCAUCAUCGGGCAGGAAGCAGUUAAGAACAAUAAGACCAAGCUCGCAAACUUCUCAGGGGGUAGUACCCUCACAAAACACCCAGCAAAACAGCCUUGAUAACAGCAUAGACAGCGACUAUGACAAUCAAGAGAGUGUGUUCCCAGAUCUUGCUGAGUGUGGCACCCCCGUGGAGAGAAUCCUACCGCAGCUGACAUCCUCAAUGUGGUCGCGAGGUCUUGGCCAGUUGGUGCGAGCCCGCAAUAUCCUCACAGUCGGCAAUCUUUGCUCCCUCUCCCCGACGGAGAUCCGAUCAUUACCGAUCCGCUCCCCGAAGAUCAGCAAUCUACGGAAGGUCAUGACCAACUUCCACAAACAGCAAAUGGCUAAAGAGGGGACUCCGUUGAUGAGUAAGAAGAAAGAGGAGGAAGUCAAGAGAGACGAAGAAGCCAAGAGAGAUGAAGAAGCCAAGAGAGACGAAGAAGCCAGCGUCACAUCGGAGAGCAGCGUCGGAGAGACAAGGACAGCAGAAGCUGUCAAGAAUGUUCAGGAGGAUGAAAACAAAAAUAAAAUAGCACCAAACAGUGAAACAGGAGUUGAUGCGACAUUGCAGCCAAAGGAAGCAACACCGCCAAGUUCCGAGGAUCUGUCCAGAUCAAAGCAGGGAACCAAACGAAAACGACAAGAGCUAGACACCCCUGAGGGUUCGGACGACGAACGCCCGAGCAAACCUAAACAGGCGAAACUCAUGGAUAAACUGGAGGAUCUUUUGGCUGAGUUCUCGACGGAGAAGUUGGCGGAGUUGCCAUCGGAUCGUCUGUUCCAGGCCCACCAGCACGUCAACAGUAUGAUGGAUUCGAUCAUGGCAGCCUUGAAGGUUAAAGUGAAGUCUCCAAGUUUAAAAAGCUAGCUGCUAUAAGAAAUUCCACCUUGUAGUGGACUUCCCCCCUUUUAUCUAAAAUGGUUUAUCCCAAACAGCAUCAUUUGUACAAAUUUGAAGGUCAGUAAACUGUGAUCAAAGGUAACAUUAUUUACAUAUCCCUCUUGGCUUAAACAAAUUUCUUAUAUUUAAGUUCAAAUAAGUUGCAAGAGAAAAAUGAGAAACAAUUAACUUGAGAUAGUUUUGUUGUAUUUAUAUUAAAAUUAUCGUUUAUUGGUUUUGGUCGGAUCUUGUUUGAGAAAAAAAAUCAUGAUUUUUAAAGUACCUUUUUCACCUAUCAGAAUAUUUUGUUGUAUAUUUCAAAUUUAUAUUUUUAAUUUCUUUUGUCCAAUUGAGUAAUUUCGUUUUUUCGGACACUUGACAAUUUGUUUUCAUUAGAAAAAUCUUUAAUUUUGUCUAACUUUAAAAGUUCAUAACUUUUAGGAAUUUGUUAUUUUAGUUUAAUAUGGGUUUGUAAAACAUAGUGCUGGAAGUAAACAAAAUGGUCAAAACUUUAAGAUAGAUGCACUCAGGAACACAAAUCAGUCCAAACCAUUGUGCCACUGUGACAAGGUUAUUUCGGCCAAACCAUUAUAGAGCCUUUUGCUGUAUUGAAAUUGGCAGCUACAUAUACGACUUUGAUGAUAGAGCAGCCAAUUAGGACUUACAAACAAAAAUUAUGUACAGAACUUUAAAAUUAUGCUUCAGCGCAUGAAUCCAGUCAAUGUUAAGAAAAUCUGAAGCCCAAGUUCCUUUACAUUUAACAGAAAUAAAAUCUGUAUGCUUUGAAAAGCAUUGUUCCUAGUAACAAAUACCAACCCAUUCUCGUGUAGAUUUUUUCUCUGGCGAUGUUUACUUAGAUAUCUUGAUAAUAAAUAUAUAAACAAUUGAACUGUCCUGUAAAUGAUCUGAACUUUUUUUUUUUUAAUAGGAAAUUGUUUAUAGCAUUUAGGUUCCACAAUUUUUUACUUUAAGGUUCCAGCAGAGCAUGAAAGGUUCUACAGGAACUUGUCUAUAGCGGUUUAUUUCUAGGCAAGUUGGCUAUCAUGAAAAUAACACAACAAU